CUUAAGUAAUCGUAAGGGUUAUGGUUACGCCUUUACCUGCAUACGAUUACUCCCGUCGCGAGUAAGCUUCCAGCGAUUGAUUUCCCUUUUUUAUUGUUCAUCGUGAUCGGCUCAAUCGUUUCCGGGUUCCGAACCCUAAUCCUCUGCCAGGAAAAUGCGACUAGUUGGAAUGAAGCGGGCUCAGAUACCUAGAUUACAAAAAGGGACAGGUUGCUUUCGUUGCAAGAAAAUUUUCUAGCGACCGAUUUCAAAGCCUUUUUGUUGUUCCUCGUGAUUUGCUUGUUGGCUCAAUUGUUUCCUGAUUUAGAAGCCUAAUCUUCCACCAGGGAAGGGGUGAGUACACAUGCCAGAAGGACUAUGACCUAAACCCAAAGUGCGAACACAACCAUGCCUUUCAUUUUCCAUGAAACUAUUGAAAAUCUUCUGCCUCAACUCAGAUGUUUGAUCCUCAAUAGGUACAAGUUGUUAAGUCAACUGGUGGUUUAUUUUCAGCAGGGAAUAGUUAUGAGCUUCAAUUUGCCCAGGUUUGAAUGAACAUUCCUACCAUCUCCGAUGAGGUUCAGCAGAGAUACUUGGCGUUGGGCUUUAGGUCUCAUAUACAUUGUUGCAGUGGCAAUAAUAUGGAUUGCUGCUAGUUAUAUAGUUCAAUCUGUUGUAGAUUCUGGUGUUUCUCCGUUUCUGAUUACCUAUAUCUGUAAUUCGUUGUUUGUUGUUCUUAUUCCAAUUAUUGAGAUCUCUCGGUAUCUUGAGGUUAUAUUAAAGGGUUCUUGGCACUGGUUUCGGAAUAGGAAUGUUCCAGACUCACAAUUGUCUGUUAAUUCAGAGGAAGUUAAUCUUCUAGUGCAGACUGGUCAACCUACUGGCCCAUAUGUGCUGAGUAAUAAUCAACAAGAAAACAUUUCUUUGAUUCACUCUAGAAUUCAAGAUUCUGAGAGCAUAUUAUCCAUUCAUGCUAUUGCGUUCAGUGGUGGAGAAUCUUGCUUGAUGACUGACGAUAGCACUAAACAAGUGAAUACGGAGGAGCAUUGGACUCGUUGUCAAGUAGCUAAAGUUAGCUUCUUGAUAUGCCCUUUUUGGUUCUUUGCUCAAUUGACAUUCAAUCUCUCUCUUAAAUACACAACUGUUACGUCAAAUACUAUCUUAAGCAGCUCGUCUAGCCUCUUUACUUUCUUGGUUGCGGUAGCAUUUUUAGGAGAAAAGUUCACAUGGGUUAAGCUAGUCAGUGUUCUUCUUUGCAUGGGCGGGACAAUAAUGGUCAGCCUAUCCGAUUCAAGUGUUGGGUUAAAUGCAAUUGCAACAAAUCCUCUUCUUGGGGAUAUUCUUGCUCUCGUCUCAGCAGGGAUAUAUGCUGUUUAUAUCACCCUUAUUCGACAAAAGUUGACUGAUGAGAAAAAAAAUUGUCAAGCAAGCACUGCUCAGUUCCUUGGAUUUCUUGGUCUAUUUAAUCUACUUAUAUUUUUCCCUGUUUUGCUAGUUUUGAAUUUCACAAAGUUGGAGCCCUUUGACAAACUUAGUUGGAACCAACUUGGACUUAUUGUGGGAAAAGGUUUGCUGGACAAUGUGCUAAGUGAUUACUUGUGGGCAGAAGCAAUCCAUCUAACUACUACAACGGUGGCAACAGCAGGUCUCACAAUUCAGGUUCCGAUUGCUGCAGUUGUGGACUCUCUGACUGGACAUGCUCCUCACCUGCUGGAUUACAUUGGAGCUGUUGUUGUUAUGGUUGGUUUUACUGGGAUCAAUAUACCAUCUGAUGAUUCAGUUAGGUCUUUGGUUAUGGAAGAAGAGCAGGAGACUACUACCAUUGAUGCUUCUUCUGAGAGAUGACAUUUCUGAUUCCUUAAGUGACUUAAGCAAUAUGUAGUUUUCACCUCCCAUAGGUGAGUUAGUUAAAUUUAUCGCAUAUAGCUGUCAAGUUGAAGAUCCCUUUACAGUAACCAACAUAUGUGGCAUGCUAUGGAGCUCUGUCUUAAUUCUCUAAGUGGGAUGUGAAGAUAGGAACACUUACUCUCACCGGAGGAAGGAAAGGAUACUUGAAUUUCAGGAAGUGAAGUGCCUAUAUUCUAGAUUGGAAUGAAAAGAUUAAGUGGUGUAAGUGUGGUAAAGAGGGAUUCAAUUGCGAGGUUUAUGUGCAAGUAUAUUUGUUGGGAUUCUAACUAUAUCUCCUUUUCAAUCACAUGCAUAAAUGUAGUCGGUGGAAUUUUAUCUCAUGAAUUGAACUUGGGAUCGAUUUGAUGUCCUCAUGUUGAUGCUUAUGAAAUGAGAUUGUUAGCAAGUAAACGAUAAAUAGUUUCA